GGGCGCGCACUGUGCUGGACGCCGGUUUCGGGGCGCCAGAGGGCGUGGGAGCGCAGUGCGGACUGGAGAAGUGGUGGCCACGCGUUUCGGGUAAGAAAGUUGGUACUGAGUGACCCCGAGGCCCGGACAGACCCCCGAGGGAUCAGGCAGGGUGCACAGGGACGUAGACAUUUUUCCAGCAGCUCCAUGGCCCGCCCGAAGAAGAGACUUGAAGGUCUCGUUGCUGCAACAAUCACGCCGAUGACAGAGCAUGGAGAAAUCAACAUUUCAGUCAUUGGUCAGUACGUGGAUUAUCUUGUGGAAGAACAGGGAGUGACGAAUGUUUUUGUGAAUGGCACCACGGGAGAAGGCUUGUCCCUGGACAUCUCUGAGCGCCAGCAGGUUGCAGAGGAGUGGGUAAAGAAAGGGAAGAACAAGUUGGAUCAAGUGGUGAUUCACGUUGGGGCAUUGAGCUUGAAGGAUUCACAAAAACUGGCCCAACAUGCAGCAGAAAUAGGAGCCAAUGGCAUCGCUGUCAUUGCACCUUUCUUUCUCAAGCCAUGGAACAAAGAUGUCCUGAUUAAUUUUCUGAAGGAGGUGGCUGCAGCUGCCCCUACAUUGCCAUUUUAUUACUACCAUAUCCCUGCCUUGACAGGGGUGAAGAUUCGAGCAGAGGAGUUGCUGGUUGGGAUUCAAGACAAGAUCCCCACUUUCCAGGGGCUGAAGUUCAGUGACACAGAUCUCCUAGACUUUGGGCAAUGCGUUGAUCAGAAUCGCCAGCAGCAGUUCACUUUCCUUUUUGGGGUGGAUGAGCAACUGUUGAGUGCUCUGGCCAUGGGGGCUACAGGAGCGGUGGGAAGUACCUACAACUACCUGGGGAAAAAGACCAAACAGAUGCUAGAGGCUUUCCAACAAAAUGACUUCUCUUCAGCCCUGAACCAUCAGUUUCAUAUCCAGAGAUUUAUCAACUUCGUGGUCAAACUAGGUUUUGGAGUGUCGCAGACUAAAGCCAUCAUGUCUCUAGUCUCUGGGAUUCCAAUGGGCCCACCCCGGCUCCCACUGCAGAAGGCUUCUAGGGAGUUUACUGACAAUGCAAAAGCUAAACUCAAGAGCCUGGACUUUCUUCCUUUUGCUGACUUGAACAGUGGAAACCUGGAAGCCUGUGACUAGAACCCUUAGUCUUUGUAUCAAAUCGGAAUGUGUACAGUUAGACACAAUCCACCUCAAAUAGUGAAUUUCUCAAGGACCUUUUAAAUGAACUAAAUUUUUCCUAACAAAUGAAAUUUCAUGUCAAUCUAUAAGUUCCUAAAUGACUACUAUGCUCCUAAAAUCAUUUUAUUAUAUGUAGGGACCAAAAAUUGAAAAAGCAAUCAUGAACCUUGAACCAUACAACAUUUCGCAGAAAUUUUAUGGAUCAGUUUUGAUUUCUUGGAUGAUUUUUUUUUCCAAGAAGGAAUUCUAAUUGGUUCCUUUCGCCUGCCUUUCAGAGAUCCUAUUAUUCUAUUCUGGUGCUUAGUCCUAUUUAAAAGUUAUAAUUUUAAGCUAUCAUAAUGUAAUUUCAUUUUAAUAAAUACUCAUAUGAAAUCUA